AUGAGCCAUAUAAUUCCCCAAGACCGCCCCACCUUCCAAGUAGCACACUGGUACAGAUGUCAGGGCCUUGUUGGUCGCGAAAAUUUCUUAGCGUUCCAGAAAAGAUUCGAAGAGGUCGUCACUACCAUUGCGAACACCAAAGACGAGGAAAAGUUUUGGAAGUUCGUUCGCACCCUGUUCGAUUUCGAUGACUACGCCGACUGCGUGCCGAUCAACGCCGCCAACUUGUCCAUCCUCUUUGACCCAGUGUUGCGGUUAAUGAAUGCCCUUGCGUUCGACUGGAAUCGAGAUAUUUCCAUUCAGAAGAGAAUUCAACCGUUUGUGCGCACCAUCCAGGUCGCCAGAGAACUAAUCGCCAAGCAGCUUAACGUGGAGCCCGAACUGGUCGCAUUCCAGCGAAACGGUUCUGACCCAAACGCAGUCAUCAACAAUGGUUUGACUUUCAAUCACGGUGAUCAAGUCGUAGUGUGGAAUGAAAAUCACCCGACGCAAGGAGAAGUUGCUUGGAGGAUCAGAAAGGAUCGCUUUCCAAAUAUCAACAUUGUAGUCCUCGACCUCCAAGGUGAACAGGAUCCAGUGAAGAUUAUGAAAAAGUUCCUUGACGCUGUAAAUGGACAUACCAGGCUUGUUGCAUUCAGUGAGGUGAGUGAAAUUUUUUCGUUGGUUUGGUUUUCAAUAGUUUUUCCUUCUGUAAAAAAACGAAUUUUCUUUGCAUGACCCGGGGGGAAAGGGGCACCAGAGGUCAGUUUAGGUAGAGGUGUGUCACCGAAGCCUUCAAACUCCGACCCUGAUUAAGGGCCCGGGGGGUACUCCCCUAUAUAAGCCAUAUAGGUAUAUACCACCCCAAAGGGUAGGGCCGGGUUUUGCUGCGUUUUGGUCUGGAAUCGGGUAUGGUUUUCGAGGGAACUACCGGGGAUGUAUCAAUUCAGUUCCAAAUGACUGAGAAAGAAAGAAAAAUAUGCAAAUUCAAAAUGGAUUUUUAGAAAUCUUCUUUGUUGCCGUUCUAAUCCAAGCAAUGAUGACAUUAUUUCUUCGAAGCCAGGUCUGAAAACGAGUCUGGAUUUUAGAGGCCAGGUCUGACAACGGGUGUGAAUAAUGAAAUUUUUUUCGUCUGAAAUAAAGUCAGAAUAUGAAGAACUGGGCGGCGCACCUACCAAGAAUUCCCAGGAGUACCCUCCGGGAUUAAGGGCUAGUUUACUUGGAGGUGGGGGACCACAGGUAGAUGAGGUAACCCGCGGCGGAUCACCCCACCUGUCAUGUAAGCCUGAUCAAAUUAAAAUGACAGAUUAUAAGGACAGGCGGGUUGCCCCAGGGUUGCCCCACCUAAGCGGGUUACCUCACCUACCUUGGGGUCCCCCACCUCCAUGUUAACAGGCCCUAAGACAAAAAUCGUUCAUUUUACUACCCUGUUUAAAACAAGAGAAACCUUAUUUUAUGAGCCUUAUUCAUUUCGUUUCGCAUACAGAAUUAAACAAUCUUAAAACUGACAUCACGGAAUCAGAUUUUUUUGGAAAUAAUUGUUAGUACCACACAUCGUUCAUCGCCAACCUUCACAUUCUUUUAAAUGCUUGUUGUAGCUGAUAUUUCAUUUAAGCUAAGCCUACUAGGGCCUGUUUACAUGGAGGUGAGGGACCCCAGGUGGGUGACGUAGCCCGCUUAGGUGGGGUAACCCGCCUGCCCAUAUAAUCUCUCAUUUCUUGAUCACGUUUACUUGAUAGGUGGGGUGACCCGCCAUAUGUUACCCCCCACCUCCAUGGAGACAAGCCCUUAGGCUCUUUGUAGCUAGCCAAUUACUUGGUACAAAACCGCCAUGCUGCAGAGCAAAAAGUCGCACUGGGACAAACCAGACAAAGAAUAUUGCCAUUUAAAAUUAUGUAUGCCUUUUAUUUGUCUUGUCCCAGUGCGACUUUUGCUCUCCAGAAUUGCGGUUUUGUACCAUAUGAAUGGCUAGCUGCAAAGGGCCCAUCUGAAAACUCAGUUGCAUUUUAAUUAAGAGCUCUCGAUCUUCCAGUCCAAAAAUACACUCUGUUCAAGAGGCAGGUAGUCAGGAAUUGUUUUCCCUCAUAAGAACUCAAAAUUAAACUCAUGCCCCGCUAGGCGCACACGGCCGGUUACUGAAAUAAGAGGAAAGACCGUACGUAACAGCUGCGUGUCCGUAUUAUCGGGGUGACAUAACAACGGGAUAUCCGUACUAUCGAGGUGAACAUGUGGUAUCCGUGUUAUUGGGGUGACCAUAAUAGUGGGAUGUCGGUAUUAACAGCCGACCGUAAUAGCGGGGUGUCUGUAUUAUUAGGGUGAGCGUAAUGACGGGGUGCCGUAAUAUAGGGGGUGACCGUAACAACAAGGUGUCCGGACUAUCAAAAUGACCGUAAUAAAGGGCUGUCUGUAACAACGGGGUGACCGUAAUAGCGGGGUGUCCGUAUUAUCGGAAUGACCGAUCAUAAUAGUGGGGUUUCCGUGCUAUCGGGGUGAUUGCAACAGCGGUGUGUCCGUAUUAUCGGUGUGCUUGAAAUGGCGGGUCGGCUUGCGGUGUCCGUAAUAGAGCGUUUUCACAUGAAGUCCAUGAAGUCACGGCGGCCAUGUUUGUGUCCCAAAACAAUGAAACGGCGGCCAUGUUGGUGUCCCAAACCAGUCCUCUGGGAGUUGAACUCCUUUCUUAUGCAAACACUUUCUUUUGUUCAAAUAAAUUUGCAUAGAGGCUGGCCGCCACGUGAGUGAAAACACUCCAUAGUGGGGUGUCCGUAUCGUGGGGGGUAAUAAACGGGUGUCCGCGUGACUGUCGGGGUCACCAAACUAUUAGGCUGUCUGCAAGGCGAUGGUUGACCGCAUAUCAAGAAAGGAGUCCUUCGAUCAAGAUUUUGACUUUUUUAUUUCUAGGUAUCUCACUUGAGCGGUACACGUUUGCCUGCCAAAGCUUUGUGUUCAGCUAUCCACCAGAAAAACCCCGAGUCCAUGUUCACGUUGACGGAGCCCAGAGUUGGGGCGCUUUCAAACAUGACCUCAAAGACAUGGGCUGUGACAGCUACAGCGGAGGGAGCCACAAAUGGUUUUUAGGACCCAAGGAGACCGGUAUUCUGUACAUGAGAAAAGAGUGCAUCCCAAAUUUCGCACCCAAAGACAUCGGGUACAAUGGAGAAAUGCAGCCCCCUCCAACUUUGCCAGAUGACCCCCUUCCGUGGGAUGCGUCCAGAUUUGAGAUGGUUGGCCAACGGAACGACACCAACCUCAUCGGCCUCUUGUACACUGCGGACCUCAUGGGUCUUAUUGGCUACGACAAGAUUGGAACUCGGAUGAAAAAGCUUACCGACCACUUGCGAGGCAAUUUGGAGAGGCUCCAGCGGGAACUGAAACGGCAACACAGGGAAGAAAUCUUCGAAAUCGAGACGCCGAAAGCCGAUGAUCUGCACCAUGCAAUCUUGGUGAUUAAGUUCAAAGACCAAGCGCAGCCUGGAUCAAGACAACAGAAAAAGCGACGUAAAACGAAGAAGUCUGAAGCUGCUUCUGCCACGCCUCUAAGCGAGCAGGUUUAUAACCUGCUUUAUGAAAAUCACAAGAUCGGCGUCUCUACCAAGAAGGGAAAUAGGAUGCGAUUCUCGCCUCAUAUCUACAAUACAUUCGAGCACAUGGAUCGAGUGGCUGCUGCCAUGUCGGUGGAGAUAAACAACAUCCUCGACUCUUAA